GCAGCAGAACUGAAAACACUGGCCUACAAACUUACUCAUUGAUCCAGAAUAUAAUUGUAUAUAAUGUGUAGUGAAGUAAAAAUAAUGGAUUCUUCCACAGGACAUAGGUUGGUACAUUUGGAUUUAAAAGGAGCUCCUCCUAAGAUAAGUUACUUCAAACAGAUAUUUCCAAAACUGAGAGAUUGGGGUGCUACUGGUUUGUUAAUAGAAUAUGAAGAUAUGUUUCCCUAUACUGAUCAGUUUCAAGUUCUUAGGUCUCCUGAUUGUUACAGUGUUGAAGAAAUAAAAAAGAUCUUACAAUUAGCAGAACAAAAUAAUUUGAUAGUUAUACCAUUAAUUCAAACUUUCGGCCAUUUUGAGUUUGUUUUAAAACACAAUGAGUUUUCAAGUUUAAGAGAAUUAUCUGAAUAUCCUAUGUCUCUGUGUCCCUCUAAGUAUGAUUCCUUAUCUACAGUGCAAGUUUUAGUUGAUCAAGUGAUGAAACUACACCCAAAUGUAAAAUAUUUUCAUAUGGGAUGUGAUGAAGUAUAUCAUUUAGGACUGUGUGAUGAUUGUAAAAAGAUUAUGGAAAAAGAGAAAUUAGUCGUUGAACAGUUAUUUUUCUCUCAUGUAAAUAGUGUAGCUACAUAUAUAAAAGAUAAAUAUCAUAUAACACCUAUUAUAUGGGAUGAUAUGAUUCGCUUCACAGAUGUCAAUCUUUUAAAACGAUCUGGUCUGGCAGAUUUAGUAGAACCAAUGGUUUGGCAUUAUUUAACCAAAUUUAUGCUGCCUCCUGAUCUCUUUGACAAGCUCUCCAGUGUAUUUUCUAAUAUAUGGUUUGCUAGUGCCUAUAAAGGUGCUACAGGAUCAUCAAUGAUAGUUACCAAUAUAUCAUACCAUAUAGAUAACCAUCUAGCAUGGAUUAAAGUCAUAGAAUGUGAGAGAUCAAAGUUUAAAAAUAUUCAAGGAAUAGCUUUAACAGGUUGGCAAAGAUAUGAUCAUUAUGCCAUAUUAUGUGAGUUGUUACCACAAGCAUUGCCAUGUUUAGCAUUGUGUUUACAGAUCAUACAGAAGGGUGCCUUUACUCCAGAAAUUCAUUCUCAAGUUUCCAAAGAGUUAAAUUUUACUGCCCUGCUUCCAUUAAUACCAUUUCAUAUAAGUGGAAGUGAAUGUUUUGACUGUAAAUUUAGUGGAAGUAAUAUCUAUAUGAAUAUCAUUAAUAUUUAUCAUUUAUCAUCUGAGAUAGACAUGUUAUUAAACAGUACAGGGGUGUUAACAUGGAUGAAUGAUUAUCAUAUAAAGAGAAAUUUCACUAAUCCAAAUCAUAUUCAACCUAUUAUUAAUGAGGCUACAAGGCUAUCGCAAUGUUUAAAAGAUUUUAAGAAGAAAUUAAUAACAGCAUUAAAAGAGGUAUUCUAUGAGAGCACUGUAGAAGAAUUUAUUGGUGUGUAUAUUGAACCAAGAUUGACCAAAUUAACCAAAAUGGUAGAAUCAGGUUCUCAACAGUUACAACAUUUUAAAUCAAAAUCUUUAACUACUUCAUCAGUGGCAAUGACGGUAGAGUGA